AUGGUGGGACCUCGAGAGGUGGUGGAUGCAGUGAUGGGAGCUGGUAUUGGGGUACAGGGGGUGUCUGGAGGGAUGCUGGGACCUCGAGAGUUGGUGGAUGCAGUGAUGGGAGCUGGUAUUGGGGUACAGGGGGUGUCUGGAGGGAUGCUGGGACCUCGAGACGACCCGUCCCAGAGCGACCCCAGCACCAAGGAUUUCUGGCUGAACAUGGCGGCGCUGACCGGGCACCUGCAGAAACAAGCGGAGCAGAGCCCGGCCGCCUCCUACUACAACGUGGCUCUGCUCAAGUACCAGUUCUCUCGGCUGGGCCCCGGCUCGGCGCCGCUGCGGCUCUGCGUGCGCUGGGACUGCUCGCCGGGCGCCACGCGGGUCAGCGUGGAGUACGGCUACAACCCCGCUGCCCUGGCCGUGCCCGUGCCCCUCGCCAACGUCCACGUCCUGCUGCCCGUCGACGAGCCCGUCGCCAACCUGCGGCUGCAGCCCGCCGCCAGCUGGAAUCUGGAGGAGAAGAGGCUGCUCUGGAGGCUGCUGGACAUCCCCGGUGCCCCGGGGCAGGGAGGCUGUGGCCGGCUCUCAGCCAGCUGGGAGCCCCUCUGCGGUCCCAGCAAGCCCAGCCCGGUGGCAGCCCAGUUCAGCAGCGAGGGCAGCACGCUGUCGGGCGUCGAGGUGGAGCUGGCGAGCGCCGGGUACCGCAUGUCGCUGGUCAAGAAGAGGUUUGCUACAGGGAUCUACCUGGCGGGGUCCUGAGCCACC